CAUUUUGCAGCACUGGAACUCCGAAGCCCAAUUGUGUAAAAAGGCGCGCAUGCUAAAACUGAGAUAAAAUAGAUUUUCUUUAAUAAUUGUCAAGAAAAUAGUUGAACAAGUUAUCAUGGCAUUAUGGGUGGAUAAAUACCGGCCGCGGGAGUUGUCCAAAUUAGAUUAUCACAAGGACCAGGCGGAUAACUUGCGAAACCUUUGCCGGCAGAGUGAUUUUCCGCACCUAAUGUUUUAUGGACCGUCUGGGGCUGGAAAAAAAACGCGAAUCAUGUGCCUUCUACGGGAGAUGUACGGAUCCGGAGUGGAACGACUGAGGAGCGAGACUAUGACUUUUACCACACCUUCCAACCGUAAGGUCGAGGUGAUGACUGUCAGCAGUAACUAUCAUCUGGAGGUGAAUCCGUCUGACGCUGGAAUAUAUGACCGAACAGUGGUGGUUGACCUCAUCAAACAGGUAGCUCAGACGCACCAGAUCGAGAUCAGCGGACAGCGCGAGUUUAAAGUAAUCGUCAUCUCUGAAGGCGACGAACUCACCAAAGAUGCCCAGCAUGCAUUGCGCCGCACCAUGGAAAAGUAUGUGGCUACAUGCCGAAUAAUAAUCUCUGUGAACUCCACUUCUCGCAUCAUUCCUGCCAUCCGAUCACGUUGCCUCGGAAUAAGAGUGUCUGCCCCUAGCGAACCCGAUAUCGUGUCUAUCCUGCAGAACACCUGCAAGCGCGAGGGACUCGCCUUGCCUCCCGAAUUGGCUAAACGAAUAGUCGAUAAGUCUGAGCGCAAUCUUCGACGUGCUCUUCUUAUGCUCGAGGCCGCCAAAGUUGCCAAGGUUCCAUUUACAUCUAACCAAGAAAUACCUGAUUUGGACUGGCAGGCGUUUUUGCGGGACACUGCAUCACAAAUCAUCAGCGAACAGACCCCUGGAAAGCUAGAAAAGAUACGCGAGCGACUGUACGAGCUUCUUAUUCAAGGUGUACCAUCCAACCUCAUCUUCCGCGGUCUAGUGGAGAAUCUUGUCAAUAACUGUGACAUGUCGAUUAAGGCAAAAACACUUGAGUUUGCUACCGAGUACGAGCAUAGGAUGCAAUCCGGAGCGAAGCACAUAUUCCACUUGGAGGCCUUUGUAGCACAGUUUAUGAACAUUUACAAAAAGUUUCUGUCGGAGCUGGUAUUGACGGAUGACUUCUAAAGAUCAAAGCGUAUU